AACAGUUCCGCGGAACUUGUGACUCAUGACGCUCCUUCCAAUGGAAAAUGGAGAAAGUAUUCUCUGUGCAUUAAAAUGUUUCGAACAAGAGAAACCACUAACUAUACCACCAAUUCUUGAGGACUACAUCAAACAGAUAUCCAGAAAUGGACAAACAAGGUAAAUUCAUCCUUUUAGUGAGUCUUGUAAGGCUUCCAUGGAUAUAUGUAAAGCCUCUGCUAUUACAUAAAUACAACAAAGUAGUAGAAUCAUUCAUAUCUGAAGGAAGUGGUCUGGAUUACUCAAUUGUAUCUACCCCACCUCACUUAAGUGAACUUAGGCAGCGCGUGUUCAACACUCUUAAGAGACUUGAUGGAAUACCAUUUACUAUUCAGAGAAUAUGUGAACUCUUUAGCAGUCCUACUCGUCACUACCAAAGGGUGGAUAAGUUCCUUAGGGGACUAGAAAAGGUUUGUAUGGUGGUAUCCACAGUAGAUCCUUAUGGGAAUAAAAUUCACCAAGAAGAUCCCAGGUUCCCAAGCCGUGCUGGUUUGGAUGACUGUGGGUUAAUAAUGGAAGGUUCUGUUACUUCACCACCCAUCUCUCCAUCUCCUGAAAAUCCCCAAGUACACCAUAUUUCCAAGUCCUCAGAUGAGGAGGUCACUGAGGAAGAAGAUGACGAAGGUGAGGACAAUAGUAGUAGUGAUGCAAGUGAUGAGCGACAAUCGCCAAAAACUGACCAUAGUAUGAAUUCGACUCCAAUAAUGAAUAACUCCUGUGCAAGCUCGUGGCUGUUCAAAUCACAAAAUGCAUUAAGUCUUCCACACACUCCGCCCAUGCCGUUUCGUAAUUCUGUCUCCAAAGCCAGGUUGGCGGAUCAGUCUUCAACAAAUGCUCCUUUACUUAGUGGAUUAUGUGGUAGUCUCCUUUCAGCAUACUCAAGUAAUGACGAAGAUUACGACCAACUUAGUCACCCUUCAGAACACAAGCAAAUUGAUUCUAAUACCCAAGUUAACUCCGAUCACUUGUCAUCUGCUCCCUCCAACUUCUGCUCCGAAUCAGUUGAGUGUUCACAUGCUCUACCUAUAGAAUCUAACCUACCAGAAGAAGCAUCAGAUGUUUCACAUUCAUUUUCUUCAGUUGUACAAGAUCAAAUGCAAGAUAGUCCUGUUCCAUGGGAUGAAGCAAAUAAAAUGUCAACCGUCAACUCGCAAAAAUCGGACGAAACAAUUGCUCAGUGCGAUAAAUUAGAUGAAGUAUCUAGUAGUGAUCUUAAACCUUCAAUUUCCAAUGUAGACCAAGACGAUUCUCCUUCCAGAGGAUUGGAGCUCGACACAACUGAUGAAAGUUGUCAGGUCCUGAGGCCUAUCGGUCAACUUGAAGCAUUUGUGCAAAAUUUGAAUUCUGAAGUGUCUAGUUCGGUAGUGUCCGUAUCACUGCACAACGGAUCUCCAAAAUCUGCAAGCAACCCAUCUGCUCAUUUAAACUGUGUAGCAUCUAUGGAGGACUUAAAUCAUCAGGAAUCAAUUACUUCAACUAAUUCACCCUUACCUGUCUUGGUUGGUGUAAGACGUCCCCGUUCACCAGGAAUGGAUUCGAGUAGUAGUGAUCCUAAUGUUUCAACAAGCAAAGAUGCAGAUUUAUCGGAAAGUCCCGCUAAAAGACGUAGACUUCUGUCUUCAGAGUUAACUGAAACAACAGAAUCUAGUACAGAUUCAUUAGUUGGAAUUAGUCUACAGACUGUGACUUCUUCAUCUGUGACAUUGAAUGAUUCUCCGCCUAUUAUUAUGUGUAACCCUAUGAAUCAAACUCGUGAUAUGGAUUCUGGUGAAUGCCUUUUCGAAACUUCAGAAGAUCAUAGUUCUGGUCAAUCUGUAGUCGAUCCAGUCUCAGUGAGUGACAAUAUAUCUAACUUACACGGAGUAGUGAACAUUGAUUUCACACAAAAUUCCGAGUUAACUUCAGAAUCUGUAGAAGAAAAUGAAACUAUUUUGAUAAAUAACGAAAAUAUUAGUCUACCAACUGUAAACUUGUCGAAUAUUAAUUCAGAAACUGGAGAGGAAGAGUCAUAGUAGUUUUUCUUAAUUAUAGCUAUGUAAUAAUGUUACAUUAUGGUCACAAAAAAUUUCAUGAAAAAACUUUAUUGUAUAUCAUAUCACUUCUUAUUGUUGUGUAAAAGUUCUGGUUGGACAUUCAUUAUUUUCAAUGUAUUCUAAUUGUGUUAUAAUUGUCUUUAUUAUUGUUAUUUUUGCUACUCAAGUUUAAUAUAGA